AUGACGGUUUGCGUCAACGUGGUCUUGCUGAGCGGGGAGGGCGUCCAGCUGGGCGGGUUCCACCAAAGGAGCUCCGUGGCAGAACUGUGGCAGGAGGCGCAGCGGAAGCUCCAGCGCAGCAUCUCCGGCUUACUGUGCGCUGGCCAGGCGAGGCCGCUGCGGCGGCGCUGGACGCUGCAGGAGGCGCAGCUCGAGGACGGGGACACGCUCUGCGCGGUGGCCGGCUGCGCCUCCCUCUGCUCCAAGCAGUGGUCCAAGGCCUUCGCCCUGAUCCGCGCGGACGGCAAGGUGGUGACCUGGGGCGCGCCGACCUGUGCUGGGGACAGCCUUGCCGUGCAGCACCUGCUCCAAGAGGUGGUGCAAAUCAGCGCCUCCUCCUGCGCCUUCGCGGCGGUGCGCGCGGAUGGGCGAGUCGUCACCUGGGGGGAUGCCGGAAACGGCGGCGACAGCGGCCAGGUGCAGGACCAGCUGAGGGACGUGGUCCACGUGUGUGGCACCCUAGGCGCCUUCUGCGCCAUCCGCCGCGACGGCACCGCGGUCACCUGGGGCCACGAGAUGGCGGGAGGGGAGUCCAGUCAGGUGGCCGAGGAGCUCAGAGAGGUGCAGGAGAUCUGCGCCUCCGACCGCGCCUUCGCGGCCUUGAGAUCCGACGGCCGCGUGGUCGCCUGGGGCGGCGGCUCCGCGCUCCACGCGCUGCGCGGGGAGGGGGUGGUGGCAGAGAACGUCCGGCGCCUGGCGGCGACCUCGCGGGCCUUCGCGGCGAUCUGCGACGGUGGCGUCGUGGCGUGGGGACACCCCGAGUACGGGGGCGACUGCUCGGGGGUCCAAGAGCAGCUGCAGACCACGCGAGAGUUGAGCGCCUCCUUCAGCGCCUUCGCCGCCAUCCAGGCCGAUGGCUCGGUGGUCACCUGGGGCGCGGAGGUGGCUGGGGGCAACGUGCCGCCGGAGGUGCGGCCCAAGCUUCGGGAGGUGCGCCAGAUCUGUGCCACGAACGCGGCCUUUGCAGCCAUCGCUGCGGAUGGCCGUGUCAUCACCUGGGGCGAGCCAGCCUUUGGUGGGGACAGCGAGGAGGUGCAGGAUCAGCUCUACGAGGUGGAGCAGAUCUCCGGCACGAGCCGUGCGUUUGCGGCAAUCCGCGCGGAUGGCCGGGUGGUGACGUGGGGUGCGCCUUGGGACGGCGGCGACAGUUCAGCGGUCCAGGAGCAGCUGUGGGAUGUUCAGCAAAUCUGUGGCUCCGCCUGCGCCUUUGCAGCGGUGCGCUGUGACGGCCAGGUGGUGACUUGGGGCGGGGCCUUCUUCGGAGGAGACAGCAGCGCGGUGCAAGAGCAGCUUUGGCGAGGGGACUUCUAG